CAUCGGGUUGCUAUGGAAACGUAAACAGAGGCCUUAGAGACAGAUCUCACAAGAAGUAGCACCGUGUAGUUACAGUAUUCUGCCUGCUCGCUGCCGUCAUCAUGAUCCCCCCGGCGGACUCGCUGCUGAAAUAUGACAAUCCAGUGCUGAUCAGCAAGAACACGGAGAGGAAAUCCCCAAAAUCACGACCUCUGAAAGCGAGUCCUCAACAAGCAAUUGUGACAGCUCCAGUACCACCUCCACCAAAACCCAAGUCUCCAACGUUAGACACCAACAAACAAACAGAAGAAAUUUUAAAUUCCAUUCUGCCUCCUCGGGAAUGGAUGGAAAAUGGUCAGCUAUGGAUCCAGCAAGUGUCCAGUACACCAAGCACCCGGAUGGAUGUUCUUCAUUUGCAGGGAGAGCUGGAUGUGAAGUUGCAGCAGAGACAGGCUAGAGAGACAGGAAUCUGCCCUGUUCGGAGAGAACUUUAUUCACAAUGCUUUGAUGAGUUGAUCCGACAGGUGACCAUUAACUGUGGUGAGCGCGGGCUUCUGAUGCUUAGAGUUCGAGAUGAAAUUCACAUGACUAUCUCUGCUUACCAAACACUGUAUGAGAGUAGUGUGGCAUUCGGUAUGAGGAAGGCUUUGCAAGCGGAACAGGGGAAAUCAGACAUGGAGAAACGAAUUGCAGAGUUAGAGCAGGAUAAGAAAGAACUAGAACGACAAGUAAAUGAACAAAAAGCCCGAUGUGAAGCUAUAGAAAAACGUGAGGCUGAAAGAAGACAAGUAGAAGAGAAAAAACAUGCAGAGGAGAUACAGUUUCUCAAAAGAACUAACCAACAAUUAAAGGCACAGCUAGAAGGUAUUAUUGCACCCAAGAAGUAACAGGAUGGGAGUAACCUCUGAAAUAAAAUCUGAAUUACAGACAUAUUGUUCAGUGCAGAUGCCAAGAAACUAAUAUUUCUACCUUUAGAAAAUAUUAUUUAAUUAUAGUUGGCUUAUGUAUUUAUUGGAAUUUCUUCAUUUUACCCUUAAAAUGUAAAAAGGUUUCUCAUAAUUUCUUUAUGAAACACCUCAAGAUUUUUAAUAUCAAUGUUCCUUUGAUGGUAAACUUGUUGCUAUCCUCUUCCAAGUAUGUGUUUGCGUUUCCUGUUUUAGUUAUUUAUAGCAGGGAACCCUAUGCAGUUUAGUUAUUAAAGCAUUGUGGCAAGGCCAUGUGUAAUAUAACAAAGCUCUUGCUUGCCCUACUGGCAGCCCCAAGGCUAAGUAUGUUCUAUGCGAGAGUUUAAUUGUAAUAAAAAAGAAAACAUUGACAUCAUAA